CCUGUUCCGUGCAAAAUCAGCGGCAUGUAGGAAGCGCACUGAGUCAGCUGCCGCAAAACGCUGCCAGCAGCUAAAAGGCCCAUUCGUCUCUUUGGGAAGCGCUGAGAGAAGGUGGGGAGACACCCUCCAGCAGACAUGUCAGACCCUCUUGAAUGUUAUGGGGAAAUAACGAAGGUUGACACGACCGGAGCUUCCAAGGAGACCGCGGCACAGGAAGGUCUGAGCUAUGGAGGAGUUCCCACUUCAGAGAAAAUUGCUGAAAGAGAUUUGAAGAACAUGGAGAAGUAUCAAUCCAAGAUUACCAAAGUUGGCCAAAGCCUCUGUGUUGAGCCCGCUGUGAUCGCCGGUAUUAUCUCUCGAGAGUCACAUGCUGGGACGGUACUGAAGGAUGGUUGGGGAGACCAUGGGAAUGCCUUCGGCUUAAUGCAGGUCGAUAAACGGUUCCAUAAGGUUGUCGGGUUGUGGGACAGUGAAGAGCACAUUACACAAGGCACGAAGAUUUUAUGUGGGAUGAUAAAGGAAAUCCAGAAAAAAUUCCCCAAAUGGACAAAGGAACAGCAGCUUAAAGGGGGGAUUUCAGCCUACAACGCAGGAGUUAAGAACGUCCAGAGCUAUGACAGAAUGGAUAUUGGCACAACAAAGAACGACUAUGCCAACGAUGUGGUCGCAAGAGCCCAGUUUUAUAAGAGAAAUGGAUACUGAGAAAGAUAUCUGAGUACUGAUUAGAUUUAAGCCACUGCUUGGAUAUUUUGCUUCCAAUUAAAUAUAUCCUGGAUUCUCCCUCAAAAAUACUGAGAUGAGGGGAGGGAAUGAAGCCAAAAACAAGCACAAGCUUUCAAUGAUUUUCUCAGCUGAGACUAACAAAUCAUUUUAAAAGAUAGUAUUGCUAAUAAUCCAAACUCUAACUUACCAUUUGCUAUGUAUUUUUCAUCUUGCUUUGGGAGAUAAUUCAAGCAGAGCUAUCAUUUAUGUUUUCAGUUUCUCAAGCAGGAGAUUAAUGCUGCAAGAAAGAGUCAUAAUAUUGCUUGACAAGACUUGUCUUAAAUUCUAUCUAUUAAUACACGUGUUAAAUAAUGGCACAAAAUUGUAAAUAUAAUCACUCAUUAAGCUUGUACUUGCUAUUUUGGUAAUGUUGAAGUAGCUGAUUAUUUGCAGUAAGUACUGUAUGAGUUUAUUCUACCAAAAAGAGUGUAUCACAUUGCAUCAUCAUAUACUUUUAGAAUAAAACUCUUAGCUCUGGUAA